GUCAAUUGUAUGCAUAUUGAAAAUAUCGGCUAUCUGUGAAAUAUAUUAUUGAAACUCGAGGAAAAUGUUUCUUUGAUAAUGAGAUAUUCUUUUUGUCAAAAAUGGAAAGGAAAACCGAAAAAUACCCAAGACAUACAAUAAAAAUCUCAAAACUUAUUUCACAUAGUGGCAGCGCCGACAAAGAGCGCGCAAAGUGCAAACCAAACAAUGAAAUAUCGAAGCUAUUUUGUUUAGUAGUGAUUUACAACGCUUAUGAGACACUUAAUUAGAGAGUUGCUGUGAUCGAACUUGUAAAUUAAUUUAAUAAAUAAUAAUUAAAGUACAAACAUGCCGCAAAGUAACGUAGAGGAACGCGAAAUUUUAUUUUUACCAACAAAUCAAGAGCACGACGAUAUUUCUAAUUUUGCGGCAGCCAACACGCUUACGCCCCCAAAGCCGCCAAAAAAUCGUACAAUAAUCGAACCAGCAGUGUUUUUAAUAUACGUUGCCUCAGUGCUUGCAAGCGCUGUUUUGCAGAAUCAGAUACUUUAUCAAACGUGUACGGUGGUUUACGAGUAUAAUGUGACUGUGUGCAAGCCGAUGUUGGGCAUUGUACCGGAAACGAAUCAAACAGCUGAAAUCGAAACAAAAGUACAACCCUAUGUGGCCAACAUUAUAAUGACGAGUUCGGUGAUAAGCAGUGUUUUGCCAGCAUUCCUCAGUUUAUUUAUUGGACCUUGGUCGGAUAAGUUUGGACGCAGACCGGUGCUUGUAGCAACUUUCUCAGCGGGGUUCAUCGGACACUCUAUAACAACAAUUCUCGCAGCAAUAUCUCUGUUAACACCCUUGAAUCCAUGGGUUUAUAUAUUAUCGAAUGUACCAUUGGCUUUGACCGGUGGCACCUGCGCGUUAAUAACAAUGGUGUUUUGUCUAGUCUCCGAUGUGUCGGACGAAGGCGGUAAGGCAAGACGUAUGUUCUUUGUAGAUGGCGCCUUGGGUAUUGGUAUGCUUAUUGGCAAUGUGAUCAGCAGUUAUAUACUGGCUGGAACCGGUACGAUAGGCGUAUUCACUAUUGCUGCCAGUAUUGAUUUGCUAGCGUUGCUGUAUUUGCUGUUCUUCGUGGACGAAAGUUUGCAGAUACAACACGAACGAAAGGAGUCACACUUGCGAGAGUUCUUCAAGUUCGGCUUGAUCAAGGACUUGGUAAGAAGCUGUCUAAAGCGCAGGCCACAUUAUGAUCGUGCCAUUAUUUGGUGCAUAAUGUUCACCUUGGUCACUACAACAUUUGUAACGCAGGGUGAGUCCAACGUAUUUUAUCUGUUCCUACGCAACAAAUUCAAUCUCACGCUGCAGCAAUUCACGACCUUUAAUGCCGUCACGAUCUGCAUUAAAAUGGUUGGUUGUGGUCUCAUUUUACUGAUAUUGCGAGUGCUAUUCAAGACACCUCUUACAGUUGUCGCCAUGCUUGGCUUGUUGGGUUGUUUCACUGAUAGUUUAAUACGCUCAUUGGCGCAGGCAUUUUGGCAGAUGUAUUUGGCCGCGACUUGUGGUUUCAUGGGUGGCAUUAACAGUCCGAUGUUGCAAGCGGUACUCGCAGGCUUAGUAGAAGCCACCGAAAUCGGCAAAAUCUACGCUGUGAUCUCUUCAUUGCAAACGCUUUCGCCGCUGGCUUCAGCGCCGGUUUACACCGGCAUUUACAGAGCGACACUGGAGUCAUAUCCUGGUGCGUUUUACCUGUUGAGUGCCGCAAUUUAUUGCAUAUGCCUUGUGCUAAUUACCGUCUUGUUUAUUAUGCAACGACUCGGUGUCAAAGCAGCCAGGCAACAGUCAACGGCAUAGGGAAAUGCUUAGCAGAAUUCUGCUACUUGUAUAAACAACUUGAUACCAAAGCAUUUAUAUAAAAAAAUAUAAAGAUUUUGACAGAAAUCAGUAUUUACAUAUUUAUGUACUUUUAUGUAUAUGUGUGUGUGUCUGAAUAAUGAUUAAAUAGACUUAAGCUGAAUAUAUCUGUAAGUAUGUAUGUUUAGAGUAAAAAAUCGAUAAAGACAAAAUAUUUGUAGAUAUGAAUAUUAAUAUGUA